ACUAACGUAAAAAUGGUCCUUUCAAACGGAGGGCAUUUAAAAAAUGAAUUCUUGGCACUUUAGCAGGCGAGGGCAUUUUAUUUUUAAAUUAAUUAUGAUUUGUAAAUUAGUUUAAAUUAUUAGUGCGUUGAAAUGUCGAUAUCAUGCCCGCCAAAUAUGACCCGAACACUUUGUGGGUGGCACUCAGUCAGUACAGUGAUGGCAAUGUCUUCGAGGUGUACCCCAAGUUGUUGGCGCAGCUGUUCCUGCAAGAGGAGGCUGCGAGACAGGAUGGCGACACCAGCGAGGCUGAGAAGCUGGUCCUCCCUAGUGACAAGGACUAUAGACUGCAGAAAUACUUCGUCCUUGUUGAAUUACAAAAAGAAUUGGAAGAGGACGAAAAUGGCGACAUAGUGUCUAAACCUGUGGAAGAUCCGGUGGAGGAAUGGGCGCCGUGGUCACUCGUGGUGGCCACCAAGAACCCUCAUGCACCACCACCAGUCGCCGUCAAAACUUCACCGGGUCCCGCUUGGGAUAUUGGACAGGUGUUAAAAGCUGCCCGCUUGCUCUGUAAGCCACCGCUGCCUGUGGACUUCAUCGACGAACAAGAGAUGCGUUGUGUUUACUCCCUUAUUUACGAAGUUUUUAGAUAUAAAUCCAUAUUGGAUCAAGCUUUGGAAGAUGUUGCGUUUUUGGUGGAACACCGCGAGUUUAUCGAACAUCGUCACGCAUUAUGGCUGUUUCUGAUGGAAUUGGCGAGACGCCGAUGGGGAGCUCGUUCCCGCAGCGAGAAUGAGCGUGCAACGCAACUCUUAGAGGAGGCUGGAUACCCUUUCAAAAACAUCGAGAACAUUAUAUGGAAUGAAAGGGUCCACUUAGCUGCUGCUAUCGCAAGAAUUCGGAUUAAAAAUCGUGCUUUCUCGCUGGCGGAUUUAUUGCCACCCCAUCUGCGUGAAGAACGCGUGUCUGCGUGUGUCAACAAGGAUUCAGUGACGGGAUGGGUCAACACUUUCAAAGCCAAAAAAGUUGCCCUUCUUGUGAAGAGGUUACAUGAGCUCGGCUACACUUACAGUAACUCUCGACAACUGUGUGCUGGAGAAUACAGAUUUGAUCGCGUCUGUCCAAGAUUCAUCACUUUGCGUCCACCAGAAAACGAUAGCAUUGGUCAAUUGGAUCUUGUAAGAGAUGGAGUAAUAGUGCUUCAGGAGCGUGAAUUCUGCGAAGGGGCAUCGACCCUAUGCCGUGCUCUUCGGGCAAAUUGUCUCAGAGGAGUGGUGGCACAGACGCACGCGUCUUCUCCCCGAUGUUCUGCGUACCUUGCUGCUCAACUACGUGAGCUGGCCGCAGUCUUCAAAGCUAAGGCACCAGCAGCACCAGCCACACCAGAACUUGGGAAACUAGUCGUGUUUGGAGCUGGUGAUAAGGUAGAAAGCUACGUCUGUGCCCUUCGUGAACUAGGGAUAGAAGCGUCUCAAGCACCUCAGUCCGGGGCUCCCGUGUGCGUCAUCAGUGACCCAGUGCACUAUGAUACUCCCGUGGUCACCAACGCGUUAGACGGAGUAGUUGCUGUGCUAGCCACACCACCCAACUCGUACUCAGCCGUUACAGACCCCAUUGAUCUAGUUUGUGGACGAGGAGGGGAUCUCGCAAUGUUAGAGAUUUUGACAGAAUCGGAAGUAGAUGUGGAAGGCAAAGCUCGCGUGCAAUCCAUUUUGGAAGAACAGAAGAGAACUUUAAAAUCACUCAUGUCUAAACCACAAAUUCAAUUGAUUUUGUAUGAAACGCAUUCAGCUUUGGAGGCUGAGAAUCAGGCACAGAUCACUCGAGCAGUAGCGGAGGCGAAUAGACUGGCACGCGAACGACAUGCGUUGCUUAAGAGGAAACAUCGGCAGCCUAGUCCACAAAAGCAAGCUUUAUCGGUCGUAAAUGAAACUGUAGUCGUCGAUGGUAACGCAGCCAAUGUACUUGAAGCCAGUGAAUCCGUAUCAUCUCUUGGGUCCGCUUCAAAUUCUGACAUAGAGAAGGAUGAGAAUGAAGAUGAAGAAAUGUCCGUCUGUGAAUGCUCACCCACGAGGUCGGCUUCUGGUUCCCGGCCAAGCACAGCCAAGAUCAAAUCUAGUACCACGACACUGAAGAAACAAGCUGAAAAUCUGGAAGUGCAGUCAUGUCCAGCUACAAAUAAAGCAAGGCCUAUACCUGCAAUGCCGAGCUAUGACAUCCCGAAAGACCCUGAUAAAGAUAGCCCUGAUGUUAUUGUGCCAAGUUGUGAUUUGUUUGAAAUAAGGACACUACCGAAUCUGGGGAAUGGUUUGGAUAUCAACUACAUUCUUGACAGGGACGGAUGUUUCCUCGGUUUAAUUCAGAGAAAGGAGAUCACCCGGCUCGACGCUAAGUUUAUGAUCCGAGUGGCCGAGGACCGCGGGUUGUUUGGGCCCGGCGCAGGCGCUCCACAGCCGCAGCGACGCAAGCGCACUGAAACUGCUGCGUUGUCACCUCGGAGGAGACGUCGCAAGGCUAGUUUUGAGGUGGACCGCGUAGCAGCCCCAACAUACGCGUCGAUGUCGCGCGCGGCACGUCGCGGCAGCGCGCCAGGUUGCCUCGACACGGCGACGUGCGCCGGCACCGCGGACCGCCACGUUUGCGAGCGACACGCGCGACGUCAGGCAGCUGCUGCAGCCAUCACCUCCGCCGCCUGCCAUUGUGAUGCUAGGCACAAACAUCGUCGUUCAUCAGCCGCAGGUGUGACAGGCACUUCUGCGGCAUCAGGCUCGCGGCAGCCCGAAGCUCCCUGCCGCCGUCCCUUCCCACUCGUGGUCCACGAGCUACAACUCCAAGCAGUUGUACAGCAUCAUAAGAUUUUCGCUUCCUGAAUUACGAGUGCAGCUCUGUUCAUAGCCAAAUUCAAUUCAGAUGAAUUUAUACGAAUUUCGUAGCAGAUCCAAUUACUAUAACUGAAAAAUAUAAACUAUCGACCUAAUUCUCAUUGGUCAUCUUCCAGUUUGUUGUAAAUUCAUCUGAGAUUAAACAAAUUUUCUUCAUUUAAACCAACACACAUGAAACUACAUAAAAAAUGUUUACCAGUUGUUACGCUCACUGAGUUCUUUAGAGGCGCAGAAAUCAAAUAAUACGACGUACUUUACUAUUUUAUAAUCAUACAUUAUAUGAAAGGGUUUACAGAUUGGUAUGAACUUCUAGAUUUAGUUUAGUUAGUAGACAAUAAAGAUAAAUACUUUUUGCAAAAACGUUUAUCGAACGAAAUCUUAGUCUAUAUUUUAUGUCGCAAUUUUAUAAUAUAUCGAUAUAUUUGUUUGAGUAACCUUUUCAUUUAUGAAUUCUUUACACUGUAUUGCCAUCAGCAAAAAAGGACUUUCUACUAAAAUGUAUUGAUGUUGUAUAUUAUAACGAUCAAUCAAUUUUAAAUUGUUUACAUUUACUUAUUUUGCCAGAAUAAAUUCCGUUACCAUAAAA